AUGGACGCCCACAAAAAACUGCUCGACUCCGCCAACGUCUGGGUUGACUCGGAAAAGGACGGAGCUUAUCAACAACAGCCGUUGCUAUCACAACCACAUCAACAGACCAGAGACGGGGACUCGGAGAACAAGAGAUCACUACCGAAAAGAAUAUACUACCGGUCCAUCCUCGGGUACCUCACCUCCAUCCUCGGCGCCCUCAUCCUCGGCUGUGCACUACUCAGAUUGUUUGCCGCCGAAGCCCCCGGAAACUGGACAUCAUGGACAACCUCAACCCCCCACCCCCCACUAACAAACAACAACAAUAACAACAAUAACAACAAUAACAACAAUAACAACAACAAUAACAAUAACAAUAACAAUAACAAUAACAACAAAAACAACAACACAUAUCUCCUCGGCGUGGGCAAAGCAGACAUCACCGGCCCCGUAGUCGAAAUCAACCUCAUGGGCUACGCCGACCCAAAACAAGUCGGUUCCGGUCUCCGUCAACGCCUCUACUCCCGCGCCUUCAUCGUCGGCAACAUCGACAACCCUUCCGACCGGUUGGUUUACUUAGUGCUGGACACCCAAUCAGGUGACACCGCCGUUCGCUACGGCAUCCUCAACGCUCUCGAGAGCUUGGGGAAGGAAUAUAAAGUGUAUAGUCACCAUAACGUUGCUGUUACGGGAACGCACUCCCACGCUGGGCCAGCUGGGUGGUUGAAUUACCUCCUCCCACAAAUCACAAGCAAAGGGUUUGAUCACCAAGGCUACCGAGCCAUUGUGGACGGGGCGGUAGAAUCCAUCAGAAAAGCGCAUCAGAGUCUGGCGCCGGGGUAUCUCAGCGUCGGGACGACAAAGGUUUUUGGCGCGAAUAUCAACCGGAGUUUGUUUGCUUACCUUGCCAACCCUGAGGAGGAGAGGGUGAGGUAUAAUAUUAGCAUCGAAGACGACGGGUCCGUUGAAAAGGAUUUGACGCUCUUGAAAUUUGAACGUGCCGCUGAUGAGAAGGCUUUGGCGGGGGAUAAUAAAGGGGUUGCGGCCUAUUUGUUUGAAAAGUCGAUGAGAGGGGAGAAUCCAGAUUUUGUGGCUGGUUUCAGCCAGGCGAGUGUGGGUGAUACGAGUCCUAAUGUUCUGGGCGCGUGGUGCGAGGAUGGGUCGGGGGAGAUGUGCAGUUUUGAGAAUAGCACUUGUCCUGUUGAUGGCAAGUCACAGUCUUGUCAUGGUCGUGGGCCCGGGUUUCAAACUCCGGACAGCGGAGCUAGUUCCUGUUUCGAGAUUGGGAAGAGGCAGUUUGAGCCUGCGAGGAAACUGUUUGACGAGGGGGAGCUCACGCCGGUGAGGGGGGGUUGGGUGAAGGCUUUUCACAAGUUUCACAACAUGACCGGGUUUGAGUUUGAGCUGCCGGGUGGGAGGAUGGCAAAGACUUGUCCGGCUGCGCUGGGGUAUUCUUUUGCGGCGGGGACGAGUGAUGGGCCGGGGGCGUUUGAUUUUACGCAGCAUGAUGGGAACGAAAACACCACUUCGCCGGUGUGGAAGGUUGUGUCGAGGUUUUUGAAGGAUGCGACCGAGGAGCAGAGGGCGUGUCAUGGUGCCAAGCCGAUUUUGCUGGAUGUGGGGGAGAUGGAGAGGCCGUAUCUGUGGACGCCGAAUGUGGUUGAUGUUCAAGUGUUUAGAGUUGGACAGCUUUUUAUUAUUGUUUCGCCUGGGGAGGCGACGACGAUGGCUGGACGGAGAUGGAAGGAGGCCGUGAGGACCAGCGAUGAGGCGGGAGAGGAUGCGGUUGUUGUGUUGGGGGGUCCGGCCAACAGUUAUACGCAUUAUAUCACUACGGAAGAGGAGUACGGGAUCCAGAGGUAUGAAGGGGCUUCGACUCUCUAUGGACCGCACACGCUGGCGGCGUAUAUCAACGUCACGAUGGGGCUGUUGGGGUAUUUGAAUCCGGAUUCGCCGGCGCCUCCGCCGCAUGAUCAGAAGUCUAUGGUGUAUCCGCCGGAUAAUACGAACCGGUCGUUGUCGUUUAUCCCGUCGGUGGUGAUGGACAAUGCGCCGCUUCUCAAGUCUUUUGGGGAUGUUUUGACGGAUGCUGAGAAGGGUACUCCUUAUGUGAUUGGGGAUGUGGUCAGGGUUCGGUUUGUUGGAGCCAAUCCGAGAAACAAUCUGAGGCUGGACGGCACGUAUGCUGCUGUUGAGAAGCUGGGUAAGGAUGGGACGUGGGAAAGGUUCAGAGAUGAUGGGGACUGGAGUGUGAUUUUUGAGUGGGAGAGGACGAGUGAGCUUAUGGGUUGGAGUGAGGUGACGAUCGGAUGGGAUACCGCUCUUGAGGGAGAGGGGGAGAUGGAGAAGGGGACGGCGUAUCGGAUCAGGUACUUUGGGGAUAAGAAGGGGUUGUUGGGAGGCGUGGAAAGCUUCGAGGGUGUGAGUGAUUGUUUCAGCUUUAAGGCUUGA